CGUCGCGCUCCCGCCACUUCGCGCCCGCGGCUCCAGCUCGCCGGUCCCACGCACUCGUGUCGGGACAGACCCUCGCCCACGAGUUCUGCGCAGUUUCUCCCAGUCUGGAUCUUGCUGACUGCAUCCCUGUGACGUCUUUUUAAAACAAUUCUUGCCGGCGCGUCGGGGAGAGAGGCAGCCCCCGAGAUGGACGUGUUCCUCAUGAUCCGGCGCCACAAGACCACCAUCUUCACGGACGCCAAGGAGUCCAGCACUGUGUUGGAGCUGAAGCGCAUCGUCGAGGGCAUCCUCAAGCGGCCGCCCGACGAGCAGCGGCUGUACAAGGACGACCAGCUCCUGGAUGACGGCAAGACGCUGGGCGAGUGUGGCUUCACCAGCCGCACAGCAGGGCCACAGGCCCCAGCCACGGUGGGGCUGGCCUUCAGGGCAGAUGAUGCCUUCGAAGCCCUGCGAAUCGAGCCCUUCUGCAGCACACGGAGGCUGCCAGACGUGAUGAAGCCCCAAGACCCGGGAAGCAGUGCCAGUGAACAGGCCGUGCAGUGAGGGCCCCUGGCCUGCCCCCAAGAGGCCCAUUUCCCCCCUAAUAAAAGAGAUUUGGGUGUC